UGUGGAGAAGCCUGUCCAAACAGGCCUCUCCCACAUUCCCUGGCUGUUCUCCAGUCUGCAGGAGCCGAGACACCCUUGAGUUCAGUGACUGUGAGGCCUGAGCAGAGGCUGCUGAAGGGAGCCACUGAGUGAAGUCUGGAGAACCUCUGGCUUCCAGAUGUUAGGCCUUCUGGGGAAUACAACCCUUGUGUGCUGGAUCGCAGGCACUGCGCUGGCUUUUUUGAUGCUGCUGUGGCUGCUGGCCCUCUGUCUUUUCCACAGAUCACAGGAGCAUGACGUGGAGAGAAACCGAGUCCGACAAGCCCGGCCUCGACUCUUCCAUGGCCGGCGCCUGGGUCUCCCAGGAGUCAUUCGCCACCACCAUCACCGUGGCCCUGUGACUGGGAUGACCAGUGUAGGUGUUCACCGUCAGCACCGCCAUUCUCCCCAUCGUCUUCACCAGCACCGCCAUCACCACCGCCAUCACGCUCACGGAGCCCGCCACUGAGGCCAAUAGAUAGCGUCUACCUGGCCCUCCCCUCCAUCAAGCAGCAAAAUGAGAGCACCCUGAUGUUCCCAUAGAAACGGAUGUGUCUCUGUGAUGAACAGGGGUACUGGAACCCUGGUCCUGCUUGGGUUUCAUUUGUAUAUGAGGCUUUCUCCCUAUGUGCAGCAGAGACCUGAGAGCCACUUAGGUGGCCCUCUGCACAAUGUGGGGCUGGAACUUGGAGCAGGGCUGGCUGAACUUCCUACCUUGUGGCUGCAAUUCCUGGUGACCCUGGAAGUAACAAGGGUGUCUGGCAGAACCAGAGCCCAGGUGGAUAUGGAUUGUUCUUUUGACUGGGGAGGCCCUGUGAUGCACUUCCAGAAGCAGACUUUGGUAUGGGGCAUUCACGGCUGCUUGGCUGUAAGAAAUAAAAGCCACUGGAAAGC